CUGCAGCAGGCAUUCUGACACUGGGUGGGAAAUGACUAACUGCCACUGACGUCUCAAUGACACUAAUACAGUGAUCAGUGCUAAUAAAAAGCACUGACACUGUACUAAUUACACUGGGCAAGAAGGGGUUAACAUUUGGGGCGAUCAAAGGGUUAACUGUGUGCUAUUUAGCAUUAUGUGCUGUGUGUGUUUUACUAGGGAGACAUGCUGCUUUGUAUUUCUCUGCUGUGUAGAGAAAUACAAAGUAGCAUGUCCUUGCUUGCAGAACAGAGACCUGGUGCUGGUGGGAAAUCUCCGUCCGGGACCCUGU